UUUUUCUCCUCUCUCAUAAAGUUUCACCUCUGUGAAUUUCUUUCUCCUCCCUUUCCCCAAAUCCAUCCCCCUUCUUUCAUUUGCCGUUCUUCUGUGUUCUUCCUUCCCUUGCAGUAGACAGAAAAAAAAAGCUCCUUGUUAUCAUCACAGAUGAUCCAAUGAAGGAGGCUGAUGAAUUGGUUGAAGUUAAAGUUUCAUCCUUUAUUGAUCUUCCAGAUGCGUACAUCAUCUAGCUUGAAGAAGUAGCUGCUGCUGCUGCUAGCUAGAGCUCCUUUUUGUGUUCAAACUUAGCCUCUUUUUUGCUGUGUGUGGGCUUGGGUCCCCUCCUGUGGUAGAGAAGAGGAGUAUUUUGUUUGGUUGGUAGUGGUGGUGGUGGGGUUUUGGUUUGAUGGGGGAGUGAAUGAAUCAAAGCUGCUAAUAAUCAAAUUAGUACAGUUUCUAGACCAAAGUUUGAAAAGAAAAAGGAAGAGUAGAUUAGAGAGAGAUAAGUAAGCAGAGGAAGAGGGCUUCUUUUGAGUUUAUGUACAUGCUGAAGUUAAAGAUAAGGAGGCCUAAGAGUAGCAGCUGCAACAGAAGCUGCAAUAAGGUGAAGGAGAUAAAAAAGAAGAAGAAGCUGUUGCUUGUGACUACUGUUGUUGUGGCAACAGCAGCAGCACAAGAAGAGAGAAGGUUAGCAUCAGAUGUUAUCAUCCAUUGAUCAAAACCUGCUUCCACCACCAGAUCCCUCAUCACCUCAUGUUCUUCCCUCCCAAUUCUCUAAUUCUUCUUCUCCUUCUCCCUCUUCUACUUCUUCUUCUCCUUCCUCAAAGCCUUCACUGCCUCAGCUGCAGCAGCCGGUCCCGUCGCCUGAGGUCGAGUUAGAGGCAGAUCUACCAAACCCACUUCAUAGUUUCUCCAUAAGAGAUUAUGUGUUCACAGCACGAAGCAAGGACAUCAAAACUAACUGGCCAUUCUCAUCGAAGAACCUACAGCUUUGUUUGAACCAUGGCUUGACAGAAGUUUUGCCACCAUUUCAGCCUCUGGAUACCAUAAGGAAUCUCCAAAGUUUCGGUAGUUCACACACGGUUAAAGAACCACCCAUUACUACCAUCUUUGACAAAGUUAAUUCAAGCAAAUUCGAUAUUAAGAAGAAUGACGGGUUGCUAGAGCCAUCAUCUGACGAUACAGAUACUGUUGUGAAGUUGACAGAGAAAAAAGUAGAUACAAUAAGUUCAUGUAGACAUGUUGAAGAAGAUGGUAACUCAUUCCCAUCCUUGACAACAACUACUACGACCAGUGACGGAGAAUCACUUCCCAAAGCAUCAUUGAAAGCCUCGAAGAAGUGCAGGCUGGUAGUGAAAUUUGGCGAUCGUGGUGUCUCAGCAGAAAACAUUGCUUCAACUACUACUACUGUUACGCCUAUAGUGUCAGAAUCAUCAUUAAUGAUGGCUUCAAAAGUCUGCCCGGUGUGUAAGACUUUCUCUUCCUCGUCAAACACUACGCUAAAUGCUCACAUCGAUCAGUGCCUCUCUGUGGAGUCUUCUUCAGCACCGCCCAAAUGGACAGCAGAUGAUGAUGAUGAUCACGCGAAGGUGGCAAAGCAUCAUAAUAAGGUGAAGCCGAGAAGGACAAGGUUGAUGGUUGAUAUAUACAAGACGGCUCCUCGUUGCACGCUGGAGGAGCUCGAUCGGCGAAAUGGGAGGCUUUCAAGCUUGGCAAUGGAGGAGAUUGAUGAGGAUGAGACAACUUGUUCGGAAGAAAAAAGUGAAAGGGUAAAACCAGUUCAAGCUAAGAAAAGUCUUGGUGACGUUGGACCCGUUUAUAUCGACGAGAGUGGGACCAAGGUGAGGAUUUUGUCGUCCAAUUUUGAUGAGGUUUCUCCAGUGGUGGCGAGAAGAGUGGGGGAGACUGGGGGUGGAAUGAAUAAGAAGAACAAGAAGAAGAAAUGUUUGAGAGGAAGUAAAAACAUGGUGGCUUUGAAGAAGAGGGAGAGUCUUAUACGUAAGCAUAAGAAGUAUCUGAAGCUUGCAGCUCAAAGCAAGAAGCUUUUCUCUGAUAAAACGACUCAUUCUUCCCAGAUUCGUGGAAACCAUGAGCAGCCUGCCAACCUGAGAACAUUUUCUGAUGAGGAGCUUCAUGCCUCUCAACAACAAAUCCCACCUGGUAAUAAUUCCGGGAACCUAAGACCAUGGGUUUGUUCUAAACCCAGAGGUACUCCGACAAAAAUUAACAACCACCACCAAGAGGAUCACCAGCAACAGCAACCUCCCAUAAGAAGUCAUUGGCACUCUCUUGCGGAAUCUGAUAACCAGUCAUUUCCUGUUGGUGAUUCUAGUGAAGAGAGCACAGGCAUUCAGAAGUUCACAAAUCUUUCGGAGAAUCUGGCUUUUUGUCACGAGAGGAUUGAGAAGAACAAAGUCCAGCAGGUAGUUAGCAUCAAAAGGAAACGUGGAAGACCCUUGUCCCGUAGGCCUGUCAUUACUGGAGACGAAGAUGUGGGGAAGUAUUUUGGUUUAAUGAAGCAGAAGUUUGUUGAAUCGAAUAGAGAUGACCAUCGCGAUCGUUCGUUGAAGCCUCCGAAUGCUUGCAAGAAUAAGGUGACUGAGUCAUUGGAUAAACUGCCCAGCGUACAUUCUGUUGUUGAGGCAAGAAAGAAGAAGAUUAAGAAAGGGUCCAACUUAAAGGAGCCUCAGGUGCAUUUGCUCGAUGAAAGACGAGAUACGUUGUCAGCAGGCAAUUGUGACGUCGAUCAACAAUAUGAUAUGAUGCAUGAUCAUAGAGAGUAUCAACUUGAGAGUGAUGUAGUAACAGAAGAAUUGGCUUGUGGUGAUGGUAAUGCUAGGACCGAAUCCAGGCAGAUUGAAGGGAUGAUGAUAUGUAGUGACUUGCUAGGGAAGGAACAAUUGGGUCUGAUAAACUUGGAUUCUGUAUCUCCUGGUUUGGACUCGACUAGAGAACUGGUUCAUGGAGAUGAUAUUGGCGAUGAAUCCCUGUCCAAGACUACAGAAGGAAUGCAUGGUGGUGCUAGUUUGAGUAAGUCCAUUGACACUGUACUUUAUUCGGUGAAGGAUGCUUCAAAGCUAUCUAUGGAAGAUUACAGGGGGUUUCUAAGUGGGUCUGAAGCUCCAACUGAUUCUGCUGAGCCAGAUUUUGUGAAUGAACACGAAAUGGCUACCGAAAUGGAUGCAGAAAUCGAUUCUGGAGAAGCUGAAAAUGGAAUGGACUCCUUUCCGGAACUCGAUCCAAUUCCUAUCCCAGGCCCCCCAGGCUCGUUCUUGCCAAGCCCGAGGGACAUGGGAGAUGAUUUUCAAGGGAACUCAUCAGUGACCACCACCAGCCGAGCUCAGUCGUCUCUUGAUAUUGGUAAUGUUGUCGAUAAAGAUUCUUCCGAAUCUCCCAUUUCUGCUGCCUCAAGCAUCUCCAACUCUACUACUACAGCACAGAAUGGGUGUGGGCUUGAUUUUGUUGAAAGCAAGAGAUCAUUAGGAUCAAUGGCUGUUACACGUAUUGACAUCGAGCCUCACGUGCAAAAUGGAGACAUACUUCCAGUGAGCAAGCCGUGCAUUGAAAAAGAUAUAAAUACGAGACUUGAUAGAAAUCAUCUCGAUAAGGGAUCAUUCACUGUGGCAAAUCCUGAUAAUCAUCAGCCAUGUUGCUGUCAAAGGAAAGAGAGAGUGCCACUUGCUCCAGCCAGCAUUGUGCUGAACCAGCAUGAUUCUUCUUUGUUGCUUCGGAGACGAAAAACGGCUGCUGCUUCAAUGAUGAUAGAUCAUCCUAGUGGUAAACUAAAGGGCUGCAGCAGUACAUCCAUCCCCAGGUCGUUAAGUACAUUUGACACGAGAACUGAAUAUGCUCCUCCUAGCACUUGUCCUACUUCAGGUGCUGAUGCUGUGGGUUUCCAGGUCAUUAAACCUCAUUUGGUUCCCUCAAUGGACUACGAAUCGAGUAGUCCGUCGACUCCCAAUCCAGUGCUGAGGUUGAUGGGGAAGAACUUGAUGGUUGUCAGUAAGGAUGAUGAAGCAUCCAAGCCUCCAUAUUUGCAGCAGCAGCUGACAACAUCAUCUCAUCCUCAGAAUCACUAUUCAGCUGAUCCUCAAUUCCCAAAGUUCUCCACAAUUGGAAAUGUCCGGAAUCAUGAGCCUCGUUUAUUGCACCAGAUGGUUCCUCAUCCCCAUUCGUCGGCAGUUUUCCCUAGAAAUCUGCAUGGUCAUCAUGUGAGUCCUUACUCGAAUGUUGGGUUGACCAAUGCUGCAGCGGUUUAUAUGCCUAAUGGCAUGUUUCAUAACUAUUCUCCACAAUGCAAUCCACUAGCGACGAAUGCAUACUCGUCACCAUCUCCCCACUGCACAAAAGAGGUUAUCAUCAUCGAUGAUGAUCCUGAAAGGGCGCAUCCCGCGAUGACCAAUAAGCUUAUUAUGAAAUAUGGUGAAGGCAAUAGUAUUAGAGAAACUAAUAACCAUGUCAUCCCAUCAGGCAGCAUGUACCUGCCAGGAGGAAUGCAGAGUAAUUAUAGCCCGAAUCACAUGCACUCUAUCGCUUGCUAUCCUCCGUCUCAAGAACACCAUCAUACAUCUCCCAUGGGCGAAUCAUCAUCACCUAUCGUACGUGCUAACAGGUUUCAUCUGACAACUCCAAGUAACAUUCGGUAUUCAGCAGACAGUUCUCGAAUGCUCCAUCAGAGUCCAUUGCAGGCUGCUGCUGCUGCUGCACCACCACCACCACCAUCUUCUGACAGUGUGCUGCGAUCCUCAUCAGCGAUGUACUAUUCUCCAAGCUUCUCGUAACAAAAUGCCAUGUUGAUGAUGAUCAUAAAGCUUUAUCUUUCUGCACCAGGUUUGCACUCAUGAAACUUGAUCUGUCAUUUUACUUUUGCACAGUAGAAAUCGAAUGUUUGUCGCGGGAGAGUUAUUGCAGAUGAAGUAACGAUCAGAACCGAGAUCGAAAAGAAAGGUUCGGGUUGGUUGUAUCGUUCUGAUGUAUUGAGAAAUGGGGAAGAGAGACAGACAAGCAUAAUUUUAUGUAGCUUGGGGAGGAUAGAUGAAGAGAGAGAGGUACCAGUUUCCUUUUUUUUUUGCCUGUGUCAAAAACCCUCAGAAGCCCUUUCUUCUACAAGUUGACUGGACAAUCAAAUGUAUAAGCAUCAUAAAAGUGAAAGAAGAAAGAAACCCAUGAAUAAUAUACAAGCAGCUUUUGACCCCCCCUCUGCAGCAAGGAACCUUUGGCUCCUCCCUAGAGCCAGUAAAAUUUACACUUUUACUGUUUUACCUAUUUCUAUUUGUGACGUCAUAUUUCAUGCACUUUCUUCUACUUUGCCAAUUAUUCAAAAAAAAAAAAAGAGCAGCUGUGUUGAUGGUGAUGCAACAGUGGUGUGCUUUCAUGCUGAUAGUCAUUACCA